UUCUUUCUAUCCGAUGAAAUCUUUCUUGGAUGUUUAAGGUCUACAUGUUCAUCCCUUCGUCUCUCUGUGUUCUGGCGGCGCUUGCAUUAAAGAUAGCAAGACAGGAGCUGCAUCUACCCGAACUGCAGUUCGCAGGAUCGGUGUUUUUAAUUGUGUUGCUUUUCACUUUAUUUGGGUGCAUGGCGGGGCACUUCUGGAAUAUUAGUGGGCGGCUCCGAAGGUUAUGCACCCGUGUCAGUCGGCUCAAUGAGAAACAGCUGGAGGUAGGUGAGCUCAAGGAGACGCUGGAUGUCCUGGAAGAUACAUUAAAGGAACGCUUUGUAGAGAUCGGAGCCAUGAGAGAAAUGGCAAAAAAUCGUAAUCCCCAGAUUGGCGAACGUGGUCGAGGGAACCUCAAGCUGCAAGGGCAGAUUCGAUUCAUCAAACGACAUGUUUGGGAGAGCAUUGCUUCCAAAAAGAUUGCUCGGACAGAGCUGAAAAACUGUAAGAGUGAGCAUCGUAAGACGAUGGAUGGUGACGACUUCAUAAUAGUACCCAACUACACUGCGGAAGCGGCCCCGUGCCCACUUCGGAAAACCAAUGGAGAAGACAGCGUGUUACCUAUAUUACAAAUGAAUCCACAAGAAUUGUCACUACAACUUCAUGACAAGGCCUUGGAAGGUCAAUACAUGCUUCCAUCUUCUCAGAAAACAAGCAAUUUCUAUGAAGAUUAUGAUUCCUUCUAUGACUCCUAUGAGUUAGGCUCCUGGAUUGGACAAGGGACCUAUGGUCAAGUCUUUGCUGCUACACGCAAGUCAGAUCAUUUACGAGUGGCAAUUAAAUUCAUAAAGAAGGCCCGGAACAUUGGACGCAUGCAACAUGUAAGUACUACUGGUCUGUUUCCAAAAGUAAAUCUCAAAAUUGAUGCAUAUGAUUUUGUAUCCUUCAGAAUUACAGAGUGA